AAAAAGAUGGUGGCGCGCGAGCAGCUCCGUUGCGGUGGCAGCUGGCUGAGCGGGAGCCGCGCGGUCUUUUCUGCGGAUUCUAAGUACCUCUUGUGUGCUUCCGGUGACUAUGUAAAAGUCUACAGCACGGCUACAGAAGAAUGUAUACAUGUCCUACAGGGUCACAGCAACUUUGUCACAGGAAUCCAGUUGAAUCCCCAAAAUCAUCUGCAGCUCUAUUCAUGGUCUCUAGAUGGCACCAUUGAGCUUUGGGAUUUUAUGGACGGAAUUCUAAUCAAGAUGUCUGGAGACCGCCCAGUCCUCGGCCACCUCAUGGCCGAGGUCAGAGGCCUCGUCCAUGAUGAGAGGGAGGAGCUCCAGGAACAGCCCUCUCUGCAAUCCUCUGUGUCCUCCAGAAUAGCAGCCCCUGGAUAGAAAAGAAGAACGGUCA